AUGGCAGACGCAGUACUUGUCGGGAAUUUGCAAAACCAACUGGAUCGCUUAAUGAAUCAAUUAUCUGAUCUUGAGGAAGAAAGGCCUAAUAUGGAUGCAAAAGAAUAUGAGGAACUAAAAUCAGAGACGAUGGAGCAGCUUCAGGAUCUCAGUCGAACGUUGGAGAAGAUGACAGGAGGAACUAUCACGGUUAUUGAUAAUCUCACAGCCACUCGAAUGGCUGUUCGAGCUGCAAUUAGUCAAGCCUUUCGAACACCUGAAAUAGUGGCAUUAUUUGCAAGAAAGCAACCGGCGGCAUUACGGCAAAAACUUAUUGUGAUGGAUAACGAACUACGCAUGGAAAAAAUAACGGAGAAGGAAUAUCACGCACGAAAACUGGAAAUACUGACCGCCUUGGUGAACUUGAAGGAAGAGCUAUCGGAUGAUGAGAAAGCCUUUCUGAAACAGAAGCAGUCAGGAGAACCGCCACGAUUUAACUUGGAAGCUACUUCUGGAAAUACAGUCUGUAAAAAUGAUCUCGAAUGA